CAUCCCCCUCUUCCUGUUCAAUAGUCGUUCCAGGAUCCAUGUUGUGUCUUACCAUUCCUUAUCUCCCAAGCUAUUGUGAAAUUUUUGAAACGAAUUUAGUUCAAUAGUAGACAUUUUCGUCGAUAUAAAUCACACAACGCACCCCGAAAUCUCUACUGCCUGUGAAUGAAAAAACGUUUUGUUUUUAAAAUUUUUUCAAAAUUAUCAAUUUUGCAAGUCAUGUAUCUCAAAGGCAGAGCAACGAAAUAAAAUAUUUUUUUCUACCAGUCGAUAGCUUAUGGAGUUCCCUAGAAAUAUUGUCUUGGGAGUUUUUGAAUCUCAUGCUUUCUUUGUUUUCUGCAAACUUUCUACGAAUGGGCCAAAAAUGACCCAUGGGGGUGUAAAGGGUUAAGCAAACGAAAUAAAAUUCAAGGUUGGUGCUUUUAAUGGAUCAGGAUCCGUCAACUGUGUGCUAAUGAAGUUCCAUUAGCGAUCACUCCGUUAAACGUACCAGCACAUGCAUCAACAUUUCUUUUUCGAUGGGAACCAGUCACUCCUUCAACUAUCAAGGUGUUAAAAUGAAAACACAUCAUGCAGCCUGUUUCAAGAAUAUCACGCACAAAUAAAUAAGAGACGUACACAGAUUUAUCGACGAUUCUCCAAGUGAAACUAGAGCUGAGAAUAUUUCUUUAUCACUACAUUUCGUAAAUUGUUCUUAUAAUAGGUUUGCAUUAUCGAGAUAUUCACUUAAUGUUGUGAGCGUAUCAUUAUUUAUCGGAUGUUGUGCUAAAACUAAAUUUGCAUUAUCGAACAAUUGGCUUCCUUGUUGACCCAAUAAAGCUAAACGAGGAGAAAACAAAAAUGUGUUCUGAUGCUAUAUCACAAAAUGAACUCAAUCGGAUAAAGAUGCUAGCUGAUCUUGUUGUUCAACGAAUGAAAUAAGUUCAAACACUUGUGGCUUGAAUGGAUUAAUAUUCGACAAUUGUUCUGCUAAUGAAGUUGCUUUAUCGAGUAAUUGAAGAAACUGUUCAGUAAGUUGAUUUUCAAUAGAUUCAGCGAUUUUCGGACCUUUCAACUGCUCUUCACUCAUUUUAUAAACCUAUCUAGUUUUUUCUGGUAAGAUGUGAAGACAAUAUUUCCGAAUCGCCAAACGUUAAGGAACAAACCCACAUAUCAUUUUUCUUUUUUAUCUCAGAAAAUUCAUUUUUUCAGGAUCAGGAGCUAAAAAAGUAAUUCUCAAUUUUCUUCAUCACAACUUACCUUUCAUGCAAUAAAAAUAUCACAUUUGGGAUCAGCGUCAUAAACGGAGCCGCAUGAUAUAUGUUUCGAAAUUUUUAGUUGAUUUUAAUACUUUGGUGAAAAACUUACUUACUCACUUUGAACUUUUCUUCAAAAUCUAGCGGUUUCUCGAUAAAACGUACCCUUUUCAGCAUUUUGAAAUUUCUUCUCUCAAAAUUUUUUGAAGCCUUAAAGGCCAGUUUUCCAUACUCAACUCAAUGCGUUCUAUCCAACCAUGUAUUCAGCCCCAGGACAGAUAUUCGGUGACUGGCGGUGAUAUUGAAAUUGCAUGAAACAUACGUAGUCAGCAACGCUCGUUUUUCAAAAAAAAAUUCCAAAAUAUGGGUUUAUGCUGCGAAUUUCAGAGUUAUGGCUUGGUUUCCCAGAGGUCUCCUGGACAACCGAUUUUAAAGAAUUUUGUGAAAGCUCGUCAGUUGAAUAAAGAUGUGACGAUGUCUUGCCUAUCAAAUGACGGAAAUCGCAAUUCUCUAGCUAUUGCUAGUCAAAAGUUAUAGGCUCAAAAGCUUGUGAAACAUCUUGUUUUGCUACAAAUUGAACUGACUAUCGAAUGUUGGAUUUAAAAGGUUUUCUGAGGUUCUUUGGACCUUGGAUCUAUUCUGAAAAACUAGGAUUUUGGGACAUCUCUGUUUCAGGAUCCUGAGUAUAAGAAUUGAUCUUUUUGGUCGGAGAGUAUAGAACUCGACGUGGGCUUUCAUUUGAGACUGAAUUCAAGUCUCUAUGUUAGGAACUGUAUGUACAACAGGCACUGCAAUAGAGGUCACUUCUAUUUGAGAUGGCCGAAUUUGCUCGAAUUGUAUUUUGCGUUUAACUUUUUUCUGAGACAAAUAGCGAUCUACGGUAUUCACCAUUGGAUUCACCAUGCAAAACUAUAUCUACAAAUGUCUAUCUCAUAGCUAGCCCAUUUACUUUUGUCUGAAAUAGAAUAGAAAAUAUGAAUUUCUCUUGCGAAAAAAUGAAUCAGUCAGUGCUUUCGUUUUCCAUUUUCCGCGCUUUUCUACCACUUAUAGAAAAAGGUUUUUGCGCUCAGUUUGUAGAAAAUUGAAUGCUCUCUCCGAUAGCAUGAUCGCGUUUUUGGUGAAAUCUUGCCCACUGAAAAAAAUAAUCAAAAUUCAUGCAGGAUCCCGCGGGUUGUCGGUAUUCAAAUAUCUGGGGAUGUUUCUUACCUUUACGCAGGAUUUUUACAGUAAGGGACCACGUCUCCCUACCGUAGAGCAAGACCAGCAGCACACUAGCCUAAAAAAUCGAAUCCUGGGUUAUAUCGAAAUAGAUUUUCUACGUCAAAUUACAUGUCUAAGCAUGUUAAAUGCCAUGGCGAACUUGGAUAGUCUGACUUCUAAUUCUUUCUCUAAUCGUUGAUCACUUGCAAUGUUAUACCCCAGAUAGGUGAAAGAGCCCACCGUUUCGAUCUUCUGCUUUCUAACAUUUAGGUCAAUAUUAGGAUGAACAAGUUGUUGAUUUUUCUUAAUUUUUCUUGAAGUGUCAUCAAUUGUUGAUCUAUUUGAUCGAAGUCUGCCUGUAUUUCUAGCAAUUGUGAUUCAAUCAUAAAUUCCAAACGAUUUAGAAUAAGACGAGAAAAUAUUUUGCUGACCACACUAUAGUGUAGGGUCAAAUAGGGCCAUUACAAAAGAAGACACAGUACAAAUUCGUCUAUUAAUGGAAGAAUACCAUACAUUAUUUCCUGUAUUAUAUUCAGUGAGACACAAUGUUCAGAACGUUCAUAAUAAUUACCACAUCGAUCAAAGUGUUGCAUUAGCUGGACAGAUAUCAAACUACAGCACUUUUAAUUUUGAAUCAUAUCUUGGUAAGCAAAGAUGAGUUUUCCAAAAAGAGAAAGUCAUCUCUUCUUCUUCCACUUUUAGCGUUAAUAACGUCAGCCAUACGAGCAACAAAAAUCAUGCAACGGAAAUCGAGACAACAUUAAAUUUGAUUAGAAAAGCUUCGUUUAUUGUUGAACAAGAUUUCAGUUCAAGUCUAAAAAGAUUCACAAAAUGUCUUUUAUCAACCAAGUCGGUUGGCCGAACAAAAUUAACGAAAGCAAACGAAAUACGUCCGUCACAUGAAGCUCAUUUAUUACCAUCCUGUUUACAAAAUAUGCAACAAGAAUUACAAGAAAAAGAUUUGAAAUUAUUUCAUGUGAUUUACAUCGGAACAUUAAGGUUUACAACAUGGUUUUUCUCAAAGAAACUAAAAACCGCUGGCUCAUUAGUUUUGUUCAACAAAGAUGGCGGACAUAGAAUAGGUUUUAUUCAAGCAAUAAUUGAAAUAAAACAAAAUUAUUUAAUUCAGAUAAAAAAUGCUAAUAUAAGAAAACGUUUAGAAUUAGGUGUUAAUCAACAAGUAAUUGGAACAUGGAAUGUGAUCUACGGGGAUUUCAACAACUAUACUUGUUCGUUUAUAAAACCAGAUCAACUAAUAAAGAAAUGUGCGUAUUUGCAUGAUGAAACAAAUAACAGUUUUGUAUUUUUUCGUUUUCCUACCUCGUUCGAAUCUUCUUAG